CGCAGCAGCAGCAGCUUUUCUCCUCUGAUCAUCUCCAGCUUCGUCUUUUCUUCACCAGUCACUGAGGAGCUGAAGAGACUGGAGCUCGAUCAGCGGCUCCUCUCACACCUCCGACCCGGAACCAGCGCAUGACAGCCCGGCUGGACUUCACUCCGUCACCCGCCCCCCCCCCCCCCACCACCCACCCACUGCGGUGCAACUUUUCUCUGCAAACUUGCUUCUUCUGACUCAAAGUACUGCCACAUCUUUGACUGAGUCCCUGAGCUGACACGUGUGAGACUGAACGAGCGCUGAACAUCUUCUCUCUCUCUCUCUCUCUCCUGGAUUGUUUCACGAGCUCGACUCCAACCUCAGAGUCGGGAUCAGCGUUGUGUUGCUGACUCACAACAACACUCUGGCCCUCGCCUGGUUCCAGACAUGAAUCUGAGGAUUUGUUCUGUGAGCUCAUGAGAAACGUUAAACGCCAGCGGCCCGUGUUCGUUCAUCUGCCGGAGUCGGUUGUUAUUUCUGCUCCUGCUAAUUUCAAAGUUCUCUCACCAUGACGUCACCACAGUGAAGGACAGAAGAGACACAAUGACUGUGACCUUGUGAUGGAGUGAAUGUGCUGAUCCUCAGACUGUGUGUAGUCGUGAUGGCCGCCGCCUGUGCAGAGAGGGACCAGCCGCUGCUGCAGCUCCAGGAAGUCGACUCCAGCCGCGUGAGGAGCUGCGUCCUGUCUCCGCUCCUCGGCUCGCCCCCCCCCGGUCUGUCCCUGGACGCCAGCCAGCCCAUCUGCAUCCCGUCGCCGUACGCCGAGCUGGGCCACGACUUCGCCAGCAUCCCCUUCUACAGCCCGACCAUCUUCAGCUACGCCGCUCCCGGCAUCUCCGAGUGUCCCUCCGUCCACCCGUCCCUCAGCCCGUCUCUGUUCUGGCCCGGCCACGGCCACAUGGGGCCGCCCAUGCCCGUGCACCGCUCCCAGGGUCGAGCCCAGCACGCCCAGCCCAUCCAGAGUCCGUGGGCGGAGCUGACGCCGCGGGACAGCGUCCUGACAAACAGUAAGAGCGUGAGGAGGCGGUCCCAGGAGAGCGAGGACGGCGUGGUGUCGGCGGGCGGGAAGUCGGACCUCCACUACUGCGCCGUGUGCCACGACUACGCCUCGGGCUACCACUACGGAGUGUGGUCGUGUGAGGGCUGCAAGGCCUUCUUCAAGAGGAGCAUCCAAGGACACAACGACUACAUCUGCCCGGCGACCAAUCAGUGCACGAUCGACAAGAACCGGCGUAAGAGCUGUCAGGCCUGUCGCCUCCGGAAGUGCUACGAGGUCGGGAUGACCAAGUGUGGGAUGCGAAAGGACCACGGCAGCUACAGGAACCCCAAGACGAGGCGGAUGACCCGUCUGUCGUCGCAGGGCAAAGCCAGCGGCCCCAAGGCUGUGACCGGGCCGGUGGCGGCGGCGGCGCUGAUGAACGAGCUGCAGCCGCAGGCGCUGACCCCGGAGCAGCUGAUCGAGCGGAUAAUGGAGGCGGAGCCGCCGGACAUCUACCUCAUGGGGGACACGAGCGGGCCGCUGACCGAGGCCAACGUCAUGAUGUCGCUCACCAACCUGGCCGACAAGGAGCUGGUGCACAUGAUCACCUGGGCCAAGAAGAUUCCAGGGUUCGUGGAGCUGGGCCUGUUGGACCAGGUGCACCUGCUGGAGUGCUGCUGGCUGGAGGUGCUGAUGAUGGGACUGAUGUGGAGGUCGGUGGACCAUCCAGGGAAACUCAUCUUCUCCCCGGACCUCAGCCUGAGCAGAGAUGAGGGGAGCUGUGUCCAGGGCUUCUCUGAGAUCUUUGACAUGCUGAUCGCUGCCACGUCCAGAGUGAGAGAGCUCAAGCUGCAGCGGGAGGAGUACGUCUGCCUCAAGGCCAUGAUCCUCCUCAACUCCAACAUGUGCCUCAGCUCGUCCGAGGGCAGCGAGGAGCUGCAGAGUCGCUCCAAGCUGCUUCUCCUUCUGGACGCCGUCACGGACGCUCUGGUGUGGGCCAUCGCUAAAACCGGCCUGACCUUCCGGCAGCAGUACACGCGGCUCGCUCACCUGCUCAUGCUGCUCUCACACAUCCGCCAUGUCAGUAACAAGGGCAUGGACCACCUCCACUGCAUGAAGAUGAAGAACAUGGUGCCUUUGUACGACUUGUUGCUGGAGAUGCUGGACGCCCACAUCAUGCACAGCUCCCGCCUGCCGCGCCAGGCCCCCCCCCAGCCGGAGUGCAAGGAGCAGGGGGAGGUUCCCGCUCGACCCCCCUCUGGGAACAGCUCCUCCACCACCUGGACUCCCGGCCCCCCUGGAGACGGAGGUGAAGCCCAGUAGACAAAUGGAGGAACUUGCACAGGAGGAAGUUUCACUGCUUUGCACAGAUGAAUCCACAGGACUGAUGUGGAGUCUCGUGAGCUUCUCUAAUCCUUCGUUUCAGCUUUAGAAGAAAGAAACCAAACUCGUCGCACAGGGAAAAACCAGAGUGGAAAGAGGAGAAGAACAAACUUUACAGAUAAUGAUCAGCUUCUUGUGCAAAGGGACAGGACGUCGGUGUCAUUUGCUGAAUUCAUCACGAGGAGACGGCUGUAGCAGAUGCUCAGAUGUUAUUACCAGAGACACCACAGCUCCAGCCACACGAUAACAUCAGGUAUGAGCAGGAAGUAAAGGCCUUUGUAACACUUUGGUUAUUACAUUAUAUUUUUCAGACAAUAACAGAGAUCCCUUAACUCAAGGUUACAGAUGUUGUGCCAGUUGAAGGUUGAUGUGUACCUCUGCAGAGAAAUCUCCAUCGUGAGCACAUGUGCAUUGUUUGUGUCGUUUCUGCAGUUGCACCUCCAGAACACUAGUUGGCGAUGAAGUUUCUAUGCCACUUGUGUUGAGUUUCUAGAUGUGAGAAGCUGAUGCUAAUAAGUGGACCACUCCUGCGUUGUGUAGUUGCGUUACAUGGAAGAUCAAGUCGAGCUACAGCGUCACUUUACCUUUCGGUGUUGAGUCUAUGCAGAAGUAUAAACUGACCUUAAAGCUGAACUCUAAAUCUGUUUAUUGACAGAUCUUCAUAAACAAGAUCUAACGAGCCAUAGUUUGAUUUGAUUCUUAUUGUUACAGUUCACGUCAGAAACCCUCUCGUCUGUUGGUUUGUUGUAGGUCAACAGAGGAAGAUCAAAUGUUAUCGAAUAUACGCGGAGAACUUCUUAGAGAUUUUCUGUUCGGUAACAGGUACAAUUUGGAGCAAGGACGCAAUAUUUGUACCGAACCACUUGAUGUGUUAACGUGCCUUUUUGUGGUUGUGGCCAAUGAGGAGGGUCACGUCACUAAUUACAAACAAUAACACAAACUAAAUGAUUCAUACGAUACUAAGCCAGAGUUGUGGUUUGGAUCCAAUUCAAAGUCUCAGCGUCAAAGUGUCAAAAUUACGUCCACUAAAGUGUUUUUCUUUUUAACCACUGAAAGGCUCAGAUGUUUUUUUGUGUUUGGCAACAUUAUUACUUUUUUGUUAAAUAAAUAAACCGCCGCUGUAUCGCUUUGCUCACCACCACAUAACCACCGUUGCUCUUAACUCAACUUUGCACUGCACAUACACGUCGAGACGGACUUGAAGCUAAAGAAAAGAUUAUUUUUGUAUCUUUGUCGCGAUGCAGCUUCGACAAUCACAACCGACGUCAGAUUAAAGCUCGUUCAGCAGAUUUUAAACGUCUGCACCACUUCAGCUGCUCUGUCUGCUUCUCCUCUGAUUUAACAUCACCACUGUGAACAUGUUCUUACAGUAGAGCCUGACUGAUAUGGAGCUUUUGGACUAUAAAGACAAAAAAGAAAUGCCAUUAAUUGCUUAAUUCAUUAUCAAACCCUCAUGAAAUGCAAUUGAGGCUUGAUAUUUUACAGUUUAACCACAAACGUCAUAAUAAAUAAUAGGUGAAAAUAAAAAAAAACAUCCGAAUAUAUAGAAAGUGAAUUGUAAAAUGGAAUUUUAUUUUGUGAAAUAAUAGACAAUACAUCUGUGAAAAGCUCUUAGAGGCAUUUCUAUUUUUUUAAUUGGCCAAUUUUAUCCGUCAGGCUCCUACUUCGUGUUCUUCAUAAUCCAAACAGAAUCUCAUACCUGCUUCAUUUCUAAUGAAAACUUUUAAUAAUGAAUAUGUUAACAAAGUAAUUGUAAUUGAAAGGACUAGUUUUUUUUCUCAUGUCAAUUAUCAAAUAUCUUCAUAUGUUAACUUACAAAUCAUCACUAAUGGAAUAAUGUCAGUGUUUUGAGUUGCUGUCAGUUUUAAUACAUUUAUUUUUGUUGUACGUUUUUUUUAAAUGUUUAUUCAUAAAACUCAUCCUGGUUUACACCACGAAAAUAAAGCAAAAAAUAUUGUACAGAUGUGACUGUGGCACAUUGAGUUGUGGUUUAUAAAUGCCAUUAAAAAAAAUGAAGUCCUCACUUUUA